CUAAUUCCUGGUAAUUACUGGAAGUUGUUUGCAAUUUUUUUUUACUGGAUUUCAGUUCCUUCUGUUCAAGCUCUGUGCUUUCCCUACAAUGGUGAAUAGAAGCUUCAGGAUUUCUGGAAUUACAGUACUGGGUUCUUGAGCUUUGAGCUUUCAGCAGCCAAGCAAGGAUUUUUGGGUCUUCUAGGCUUAAAUUUUCAGCUGAAAUUGUUGUUUUAGUCUACUUUUCUCCAUAGUUUUGCAGAAAAAAUAAAUUUGGGGUUUUCUGGGUUCUGUUUUUGCUUUCUAAAGCUGAAGACUUUGAUGGGUAGGCUGUGAAUUUCAGAGGGUCUGUAGGGUUUAAGCUUUGUAGGGUUUUUAGGGUUUCUGUUGGUCUGGGAAAAAAUGGAGGAGAAAGACAGCAUGAUGCUUUCUGGAGUUGCAGUGAGCAGUGACCCAUCUCAAGAUAUUUACAGGAUUGCCCCCAGAACUGAAAUCCCUCCUCCUCCUCCCCAAUCUGUGGUGGGUCCUACAAUGGCGGCAGCUACGGCGUCACCGAUGAGCGCGGCCUUGACGGCCGGCACAGAUUCUCUGAAGAAAAAGAGGGGCCGGCCCAGAAAGUACGGAGCCGACAAGACCUCGCCGGCGUCGGCGUUGUCUCCGAUGCCGAUUUCGUCGUCAGUGCCGCUCACCGGAGAGUUCUCGGCUUGGAAACGUGGCCGGGGCCGGCCCGUUGACUCGGUCAAGAAGGCUUCACAUAAGUAUGACGUGUUUGAGAGCUCAGGCGAGAAACUUGCAUACUCUGUUGGUUCAAAUUUUACACCUCAUAUCCUUACUGUCAAUACUGGCGAGGAUGUUACAAUGAAGAUUAUGACAUUCUCUCAACAAGGAUCUCGUGCUAUUUGUAUACUUUCUGCAACUGGUACCAUAUCAAAUGUCACACUUCGACAGCCCAGUACUUCUGGUGGUACUUUAACUUACGAGGGCCGAUUUGAGAUACUUUCAUUAUCUGGAUCAUAUAUGCCCACUGAGAAUGCAGGUACAAAGAGCAGGUCAGGUGGCAUGAGCGUCUCUUUGGCAGGUCCAGAUGGUAGAGUUGUUGGGGGAGGACUCGCUGGUCUAUUGAUAGCUGCAGGACCUGUGCAGGUUGUGGUUGGAAGUUUUCUACCAGGUCACCAGCAGGAACACAAGCCCAAGAAGCAGAGAAUGGAGUCAGUAUCAUCACCGAUUGUCCCUAUCAUUGUGAACUCUGUGACUGGUGAAGAAAUAAAGGGUUACAGCGGAUUAAAACCCAUCAUGAUGACUACUUCCUUCCAUGGAGACAAUUCGAAUUCUCUGAGCCACCCGAUGCAUCAGAACUUUAAAAAUUCAACUCCUGAGAAUAACUCAUUGGUAGCAGAAGAAGACUCCAAAGGCUCUGGCCAAUCAAAUUGUGAAGUCUCUUGUUGAUCAUGUUUCUGCGGUCUCCUUGUGUGAUUGUUGUACCUGAAUGGUUUUCUUCAGACUUGGUGAUAUCUAGGCUCACUCAACCUCGUCUGACGGCUAUUUGUGAAGGACAAACUAGGCUUAACCUAGCGUUGUUGUUUUAACCCGGAACUUUCUCAGUAGGUAUUAGUUUAGUUUUAGUCUCUUGAUCAUGAGGCUUAUUAUGUGGCUGCUGUUGUAUUCUAGUAUUUCUAGUGUUGUACUCUAGCAUUUUUAGAUGUAUCAAACAUGUUUAGUCAUUUGUAUCGUCCCAUCGAGUUCAUGGUUUCUGAAA